AUGGAUGAAGCAACAGCAACAACAACGCUCGAAUCUGUACUUCAGUCUGCUAAAGUUAGUGUGUUUCUCAAUGUUUAUAGUAUGAAUCACAAGGCGCCAAGGAGGGACUCACAAGGAAGCAACUACGGAGUGAACAGACAACAAGGUUUCGCAGCGGAUAUAGUUCCGAGAAGACCCUAUGCUCCUUAUGACAAUGGAAUGAAGAAUAAUCGGCCAAGGAAUAUGGUUUGGAGGAAUGAUAAGACGAAUGGGCCAACGACGUCACCAGCUUUAGGAGGUACAGGACAUUGUGUGUCAAACCAGCCAAGGAAGAAUGCCUCAUAUGGGCCAACGCAGUCACCAGCUUCAGGAGCCACAGGGCAUUGUGUGUCAAACCAGCCAAGGAAGAAUGCUUCAUAUGGGCCAAGAAGCUCAUCUGUUUCAGACACCAGAGGAUUGGGGUCUAGUGAUAAAGGCAGUCCCAAGUCUAAGAAAGUUGUGUGUAAGUUUUGGAUUGCCGGAAACUGCAAGAACGGUGACAAAUGCACCUUCAUACACUCUUGGGCUUGCUUCCCUGGAUUGUCCAUGGUAGCUUCUCUUGAAGGCCACAAGAAGGAUCUAAAGGGGAUUGCGCUUUCUACGGGCUCAGAUAAACUCUUUUCAGCCAGCAGCGACGGUGAAUUGAGAAUAUGGAACUGCCAUAGUGGCCAGUGCGUUCAUACAAUCAACCUCCAGGCAGAAGCAGGGUCACUAAUCAGUGAAGGCCCAUGGGUUUUCCUUGGCUUGCCAAAUGCUGUAAAGGCUUUUAACGUGCAAAACAGUAAAGAUUUGCAUCUCAACGGGGUGGUUGGUCAAGUGAAUGCUAUGAUUGUUGCAAAUGCAAUGCUCUUCGCUGGGACAAGUUCUGGUAGUAUAUCAGUUUGGAAGGCUACGGACGACGAGUCUGAUCCUUUCACAUACCUCACAUCUCUGAAGGGACACCAUAGUGGUGCAGUCACAUGCUUUAUUGCUGGAGGUCAGCAGCUAUACUCUGGCUCCGUGGAUAAGACAAUAAAGGUGUGGGAUCUAAACACACUGGAAUGCACAGUGACAUUGAGGCAACACACCGAUACUGUCACGUCUCUGUUAUGUUGGGAUCAGUAUCUGUUGUCCUCUUCCUUGGACGGAACCAUAAAAGUCUGGGGUUGCUCUGAGAAUGGCAGCUUGAGAGUUAUUAAUAAUCACAGACAAGGUCAGAGUGUGCAUGCUCUCUGUGGGAUGCACGACGCAGAAGCUAAACCGAUCAUAUUCUGCUCCUACCAAUACGGGACAGUCGGCAUCUAUGAUCUUCCAUCUUUUGAAGAAAGAGGAAAGAUGUUUUCAGUGAACAUGAUCGGCGCAAUGACAAUUGGUCCUGAAGGAUUGUUAUUCAGUGGAGACAAGAGUGGGAAGCUGCGUGUUUGGAACUUAGCUGCCACCAAAGCUUAG